GAAAUAAGGAGGAAAAAGGGGAGAAAAAGAAGAGGAGAGAGAGAGAGAGAGAGAGAGAGAGAGAUUUCUCUUUUAUUAAUCUCGGGAAAAUGUCGGCGUCGACGGUGUGGUCCUCCGCCUCGGUAUCCGGUCCUCCGCUCUCCUUCAAGAGACCCUCUCUCUGCGCUCGUCCAGCUUCACUCUCUCACCCUAACCCUCGACCUCUCUCUUAUUCUUCCUUAAGGAUAAAUACUAGAUGUAGUUAUGCCGCAUCAGAUAUCAACGAGGAUUCCUCUUCUGUUCCGAUAGAUGUCGUAGCUGAUGUCAAAACUGAAAGGGUUGUAGUAUUGGGAGGCAGUGGAUUUGUUGGUUCUGCUAUAUGUAAAGCUGCAGUCUCCAAGGGUAUUGAGGUUGCUAGUCUAAGCAGGUCGGGAAGGCCUGCUAUCUCGGAUCCUUGGGUCGAUCAGGUCACAUGGAUAACUGGAGAUGUUUUCUAUGUGAAAUGGGAUGAAGUAUUGCCUGGAGCAACUGCAGUUGUUUCGACCCUUGGAGGUUUCGGCAAUGAGGAGCAGAUGAAGAAAAUAAAUGGAGAGGCCAAUGCCUUGGCAGUAGAUGCUGCAAAGGAAUAUGGAGUUCCAAAGUUCAUUCUUAUCUCCGUGCAUGAUUACAAUCUACCAUCAUUUCUACUCGCCUCGGGCUACUUCACGGGAAAGAGGAAAGCAGAAUCUGAGGUCCUAGCGAAAUAUCCACGCACAGGUGUAGUAUUGAGACCUGCAUUCAUCUAUGGCAAGAGAAAGGUGGAUGGUUUUGAGAUCCCCCUCGAUCUUAUAGGAGAACCAUUAGAGAGAUUUCUUACCGCGACUGAGAGCUUCGUAAAGCCUCUAAGAUCUCUUCCAGCUUCUGAUGUCCUGCUUGCCCCACCUGUGAGUGUCGAUGAUGUUGCUUACGCAGCCAUUAACGCAGUCGUUGAUGAUGAUUUCUUUGGUGUUUUCACCAUUGAACAAAUUAAAGAAGCUGCAGCUAAAGUGAAGACAUGAAAAUUCAAAGUGCAAUGGCUCUCUCUGAGGUAUAUCAUCAAGUAACGAACUAAAGGAUGGCAUUGUAGCCUUUGUUGACGCAUCAAGUGUUGAGGUUCUACAUUAGAUUUCAUUUAUACCAGCGUUCCUCACUGCUUCACAAUCCAAUCAGUCCAUUGACUAACUGCUGCUCUCA